CGAAUACUACCAGCUCAAGACAACGCAUCAGGUGCGUGUAGCCUGCGGGUUCCCGCUGACUUGGCGCGGAACGCUUAGGCAAGCCUGUCCUUCCCGCUGGCCCUCCGGCCCCCAGUCAUCCCUCCGACGGAGUCCCCAGGCCUUUUCACCGUGGCCGCUCCAGCCCCUGGAGCGCCUUCUCCUCCCGCCACGCUGGCGCACCUUCUUCCCGCCCCAGCAAUGUACAGCCUGCUGGAGACUGAGCUCAAGAACCCGGUGGGGCCACCCACCCCAGCAGCAGGCACUGGCGGCCCUGCAGCCUCCGGCGGCGCAGGCAAGAAUAGCGCGAACGCAGGCGGCGGCGCGAACGCAGGCGGCGGCAGCAGCAGUGGCGCAAGCGGCGGUGGCGGGGGCAGCGACCAGGACCGCGUGAAGCGGCCCAUGAACGCCUUCAUGGUAUGGUCCCGCGGGCAGCGGCGCAAGAUGGCCCUGGAGAACCCCAAGAUGCACAACUCUGAGAUCAGCAAACGCUUGGGCGCCGACUGGAAACUGCUGACCGACGCCGAGAAGCGACCGUUCAUCGACGAGGCCAAGCGACUGCGCGCGGUGCACAUGAAGGAGUACCCGGACUACAAGUACCGGCCACGCCGCAAGACCAAGACGCUGCUCAAGAAGGACAAGUACUCCCUGCCCAGCGGCCUGCUGCCCCCCGGCGCCGCCGCCGCCGCCGCAGCUGCCGCCGCCGCCGCCGCCGCCAGCAGUCCUGUGGGCGUGGGCCAGCGCCUGGACACGUACACACACGUGAACGGCUGGGCCAACGGCGCGUACUCGCUAGUGCAGGAGCAGCUGGGCUACGCGCAGCCCCCGAGUAUGAGCAGCCCGCCGCCGCCGCCAGCGCUGCCGCAGAUGCACCGCUACGACAUGGCCGGCCUGCAGUACAGUCCCAUGAUGCCACCCACCGCCCAGAGCUACAUGAACGCCGCGGCCGCUGCCGCCGCCGCCUCGGGCUACGGGGGCAUGGCGCCCUCGGCCGCCGCCGCUGCCGCCGCCGCCUACGGGCAGCAGCCCGCCACCGCCGCCGCCGCUGCCGCCGCAGCGGCCGCCAUGAGCCUGGGCCCCAUGGGCUCGGUGGUGAAGUCGGAGCCCAGCUCGCCUCCGCCCGCCAUCGCGUCGCACUCGCAGCGUGCGUGCCUCGGAGACCUGCGCGACAUGAUCAGCAUGUACCUGCCACCCGGCGGGGACGCGGCCGACGCCGCUUCUCCACUGCCCGGCGGUCGCCUGCACGGCGUACACCAGCAUUACCAGGGCGCCGGGACUGCGGUCAACGGAACGGUGCCGCUGACCCACAUCUGA